AUGGAUUCGCCCAAUGCCGCUCCGCACCUGCCACUAGAGCUGCUCUGCCGCAUUGUCGGCUACACCCCUCGUCCAUCCGAUCUCAAGUUGCUAUGCCUAGUAUCGCGAGAUUUUCGAGACGCUGCGACCCCGGCACUAUACCGCAACGUCGUGCUUGACGAGAAGACGCCGCGUUGGCCGCGGCUCCGACUAGGACGCGGUCUCUUGAGCUUCGCCAAUGCUGGUUUGGCACAUGUGCGAGAGCUCACAUGUCAAUCAUCCCAGCAAGGAUACGUGAAGCUGCUCAAGAACCACAAAGACGAGCUUCAGUCUAUUCAGAUGUUGCUGCAGUUCUUACCCCGUCACCAACUUGCCCAAAUCGACUUCAGCACCAUACCACUUGAUGCUGUCACCAUUGCUACGCUUUUUGCCCAGCAGAACAUGCUACAGAGUCUCGCUCUCGGGCCAAUCGCCACCGGUCUCAAUCAGCAUCUCCAGCUUAAUGUCUUCGGACCAAAUCCAUUCAACAGGCUUCGAGAUCUGCACCUUCCCAGCCACUUGUGGAGCAGAUCUGAUCUAGAUGCGUACAGUGUGAUCAUGAACAAAGCACCUCAAGUGUCACGCCUCUCGGUACACUCCAGUCACCUGGUCGAGGUCAACAGGCAACUCAGUCAGAGUGUCAGAGCAGACGAGAACCUCAUAUUCUCGAAGCUUUUUGCUCGGGACAAGGGCGAUCUUCUACAGCAUCGAAACAACCUACGGUCUCUGCACCUUGACCGUGUAGACGUUUCUGUUGGAGCGCACUUGCUUCCACAAUACUUCGACUUGUGCAAGCUUCAUGAGUUUCACUUGUCGGCCUGUACAGGUUGGUCAUCUUUGCUCAAAGUGUUUACAGCGUGCUUCAUAGAGAGUAACUACAGCCUUCGAUCUUUCUGCUUGGACCUUGGAAGUGAAACAAAAAAGGAUGCCGUCAUUGAGAAGUUCCUGAGUUCCUUUGGAGGCCUAGAGACGCUCAGAUAUUCAGAUCGAUGUUUUGGGUACGAACCUCGCGAGUCUUUGCUGGAUUUACAAUGCCUCGACGGUCAUUUAUCCAGCCUCAAACAGCUCGCGAUCGUGCCUGGUGGUGGUCGCAUUGACGCGUCCCCGGAAGUGGGCCUGGCAGACGACUUCUUCGAGAAGAUAAGCACCAGAUGCACAAACCUCCGUCAACUCGGCGUCAUCAUGCCGUUCACUUCAACCACCGGCAAUCACGAAGAUAAUAAGCGGUAUGCAAGAUCGCUACUCGAGCUUUUCAAACUGCGAAACCUGAGGGUCUUGCGGAUUUUCAAUUGGCCAGAUACGUCGACACUUUCCACACCGACCUUGUCCGACCACUUGCUGGAUCAGAUAGCAGAUGAUGGACUUGCGGGAGAGCUGAUUUCGGAUUUGGACGACCAGAUGGAAGAGCUGCGUUGCUCUAUGGUUCUGCAACAAAUUGACAUCUUUGUGGCCGCAUUGCUGCCACCAGCGUUUGGAGAACUGCAACUGACGCACGACUCUCCGCUCGUCUGUUUUGACGGAUUAGGAGACAACAGGGUCUAUGAUGACGCAGGGCUGGUAAUCAGCCCCGAAGCCGCCUGCUACGUGCCGGUAAGGCAGAGUGACAUCUUUGGUCGAGCUCGCCUUAUGGCGCGCAGGGUCUCGGUGAUGGAGGCAAAGUACCUGGAGCCGGAGAAUGAGAUUCUGCAAUGGCUGGCUGGGUGA